UGGUCAUGAGUGUUGGUGAAACAGUUGUUGCUAUGGUGAUGUCAGUCAGAAUGGUUUCUCCUCUUCCUCUGAUCUUCCUGCUCAUGAUUCACGGGGUUUCUAGUGCUGAUUGGGGUGUGAGUUACAGUCAUUCACACAUCUGUGCAUUAAAGGACUCAUCAGUGAUAAUGAGCUGCACUUAUACAUACCCUACUGGAUAUCAGAUCAAUAAAGUAUUCUGGACCAAAACAAAUGUUGGAGAGUUUCCAGAUCUGUUUGAGGACCCUGAAUAUAGUCAGAGGCUUCAGUAUCUGGGAGAUAAACAGCAGAACUGCACCAUCAGACUGAAUCAUGUGACACUGAAAGAUUCACUCGAGUACAGUUUCAGAUUCACUACUAAUGUAACAGAAGGAAGAUGGAUUGGUAAACCAGGAGUGAGUCUUACUGUCACAGAUCUUCAGGUGGAGUCUCCUGAGAGAGUGACAGAGGGAGAUUCAGUCCGUCUGACAUGUAAAAGCAGCUGCACUCUGACUGACAGAGCAACAUUCAUCUGGUACAGAAACUCACAGCCAUUAACUGAGAGAAGAGACAGAAACAAUGAACUCCUGCUGCUGUCAGUCAGAAGAGAGGAUGCAGGCAGAUAUAGCUGUGCUCUACAUGGACACACUUACAUCUCUCCUGCUGUUCAUCUCAAUGUCAUGUAUCCUCCAAAGGACAUCUCAGUGUCCAUCAGUCCAUCUGCUGAAUUAGUGGAAGGUGAUUCAGCGACUCUGAUCUGCAGCAGUGAUUCAAACCCACCUGCAGAAAUCAGCUGGUUUAAGGAGAAUCAAUCCUCAUCUGUUGGAUCUGGACAGAGUUUCAGUGCACUACAGAGUGGACGCUUCUACUGUGAGGCUCACAAUCAACAUGGAUCUCAGAGAUCAGAUGCUGUUACUGUCACUGUUAAAGAUGCACCACAACGUGUCUCCGUGUCCAUCAGUCCAUCUGGUGAAAUAGUGGAGGGAGAUUCAGUGACUCUGACCUGCAGCAGUGAUUCAAACCCACCUGCAGAAAUCAGCUGGUUUAAAGGAAGAAAGUUUGUAGCAUCUGGAAGAAUCUACAGCAUCUCAAAGAUCAGCUCUGAUCACAGUGGAGAAUACAAGUGCAAGUCCAGAAAUAAACAUGGAGAGAAAUACUCUGAUGCUGUGACUUUAAACGUCUUGUAUCCUCCCAGGAAUGUCUCAGUGUUCAUAAAUGGAUUUGGUGAAAUAGUGGAGGGAGAUUCAGUGACUCUGACCUGCAGCAGUGAUUCAAACCCACCUGCAGAAAUCAGCUGGUUUAAAGGAAGAAAGUUUGUAGCAUCUGGAAGAAUCUACAGCAUCUCAAAGAUCAGCUCUGAUCACAGUGGAGAAUACAAGUGCAAGUCCAUCAAUAAACAUGGAGAGAAAUACUCUGAUGCUGUGACUUUAAACAUCAUGUACCCACCCAGGAAUGUCUCAGUGUACAUAAAUGGAUCUGGUGAAAUAACAGAAGGUGAUUCAGUGACUCUGAUCUGCAGCAGUGAUUCAAACCCACCUGCUCUGAACUUCAGCUGGUUUAAGGAGGAUGAAUCCUCAUCUGUUGGAUCUAGACAGAGUUUCAGUGCACUACAGAGUGGACGCUUCUACUGUGAGGCUCACAAUCAACAUGGAUCACAGAGAUCAGACGCUGUUACUGUCACUGUUAAAGGACGUCUGGUGAUAUUGUACAUGUCCAUUGGAGUGGUUGGUGGAGCUGCAGUUAUCAUCACGAUGUUGCUGAUUCGAUGAAUCUUUCCGGACCUGAUUAUGAC